AUCACAGAUUAUCAUCAUGCAACUCCAUGCCACCAUUCCAGUAAAGACAGUAUUUUCUGGCUUCCACUCAAGGAAAAACAAGGAAUAAUUUUACCUCAAAAAAGCAAGCUUGAUAUUCCUAUAUUAUUUGCUCCUCUUUCUAUGAAACUCUAUGAAACUUUUAUUGUUAUUGAAGUUAAGAAGGUACAUGAAGAAAACUGGACUUAUGAUGACACAUUUGAAUUAAGGGAAGCAGUCAACAGCCAAACUGUAAUAAUAAAGGAUGAAGAACUUAAAGGACUCCGUUGGAUCUACCCAAUUUAUGGAAUUCCUGAAGCUCUGGCCAAUGAAUCAGCUCCAGCUGUUAUAUGCUGCCGUGCCUGCAGUAGAUUGGAGGAAAAGUUAGAAGUGCUAUUAACUGGUGUGGUUCCUGGGACAACUGCUUCACAAAUACUCCAAGAUACUGCAAUGUUAACUCUUUCUCAGAGCAUGUCAUCUCCAAUUCAUGAUGAAAUUCAAGUUAUUGAUGGAUUCUCCACAACAGAUGACGUUAUGUAUGAAAUUCAAUUUGAAUCUGAAAGAAUGAAUUCUCAGCUGAAAUCUGCAGUAGCAAUAAACUUGAUAAAGAAAGAGCGAGAUCUGAAAACUGGAAUUGUGACUUUGAUCUUUAACAUAAUAUUUACACCCUACAAACCAACAAGAUACCCAGAGCCUUACACAGCAUACUUUCUACCAGGCAGUGAUUCUGAAUUCACUGUAUCUCCUCAAGCUGGGGAGCUUCUUCCACUUGACACAGCAGGAACCUGCAUUACUGUUGGAUUCAAGCCCAGUAUGUACAGCAAAAACCACAAAGCCACUCUGGUAAUACAG